AUGGACAAGCUCAUCUCAGCCACCCUGGAAAAUGCCGCCCGAUGCCCGGGGGAGUCAGAGGAGACGUGCCCAAGCCGUGUGUUCAGGAUGGCAGCCAUCGUUCUCCCUCCCACUUGUGUUUUGUCAUCCCUGUACCCGGUGUAUCCUCAGAAAAGAUGUGCAGGCAAAGACGAGCUGGCCAGUGAAUUCCUGACAAGCUUGUUACAGGACCUGGUGACCUUUGAGGAUGUGGCUGUGAAGUUCUCGCAGGAGGAGUGGGCUUUGCUGGACCCUUUACAGACAACUCUGUACAGGAAGGUAAUGCUGGAAAACUGGAAGAACGUGGCCUCACUUGGACACCAUGUUGAUAAGCCGGGUCUACUAUCCCAGUUGGAGGAAGAAGAAAAAGCGAUGCCAAAGGAGAGACGGAUUCUUGCAGGCACCUGUCCAGAUUUGGAGACAGUACUGAAAACCAAACGGGUAACUUCUAAAGAACGGGAUAAAAGUGUAAAAACGGUAAGACUACAGGAAAGACGUCAUCGUGGAAUGAAAAUCGAUGAGCGCAGUCACUGUCCCAAAGUCUUCGGCACAAAAUCGAGCCUGACUCAGCACAAGAGAAUUCACACCGGAGAAAAACCGAGUCCUUCAGCCGCAGGUCGUGGGAGAACCCACGGCGGGGAGAAGCCAUGCUGCGGUCGCAGCGCGAAGGCCUCCAGCGACCCCGCGCGGCUGCCCGUGAGGGUCCACACGCGGCAGAAGCCGUGCGCGCCGCGUGGCCAGGGUCCCCCCCACGUCCUCCGCACCCGCUGUGUCCUCCAGAGCCGCGGCAGCGUCCACGCGGGGGAGAGUCGCCACCAAUGUCCUCAGUGCGGCAAGGCCUGCAGCACGAGGUCCGCCCUCACCGGCCUCCGCAGGGUCCACUGCGGGGAGAAGCCGCACGGGCCCGCCGAGCGCGGGAAGACCUCAGCAAGGGCUGGCGCCUCGGCCAGCACCUGCGCGCGCACACGGGAGAGACACCACACGCACGCGCAGAGUGCGGAAAGGACUCGCACCUCAGCCAGCACCUGCGCGCGCACACGGGAGAGACGCCGCACGCACGCGCAGAGCGCGGAAAGGACUCGCACCUCAGCCAGCACCUGCGCGCGCACACGGGAGAGACGCCGCACGCACGCGCAGAGCGCGGAAAGGACUCGCACCUCAGCCAGCAACUGCGCGCGCACACGGGAGAGACGCCGCACGCACGCGCAGAGCGCGGAAAGGACUCGCACCUCAGCCAGCACCUGCGCGCGCACACGGGAGACACGCCACAAUCCGAGCGCGGGAAAGGCCUCAGCAAGGACUCGCACCUCAGCCAGCGCCUGCGCGCGCACACGGGAGAGACGCCGCACGCACGCGCAGAGGUUCCUACCUGUAGCAACCGGCUGUUUCGCUCGUACCUCGGCCAGCACCUGCGCGCGCACGCAGGAGAGACGCCGCACGCAUGCGCCGAGCGCGGGAAAGACCUCAGCAAGGACUCGCGCCUCGGCCAGCACCUGCGCGCGCACACGGGAGACACGCCGCACGCACGCGCCGAGCGCGGGAAGGACUCGCGCCUCGGCCAGCACCUGCGCGCACACACGGGAGACACGCCACACGCAUGCGCCGAGCGCGGGAAGCCCACAGCAAGGGCUCUUACCUCAGCCAGCACCUGCGCGCGCACACGGGAGACACGCCGAGCGCGGGAAAGACCUCAGCAAGGGCUCGCACCACGGCCAGCACCUGCGCGCGCACGCGGGAGAGACGCCGCACGCAUGCGCCCGCCGAGCGCGGGAAAGCCCUCAGCCGCGGCUUCUCGCUGACCGCGCACAGGACAGCGCACACCGCGGAGAGGCCCUGCGCGCGCGCCGGGCCUGCGGGGAGGCCUUUAGUGACCUGUCAGCUGUCAGGAAGCGCGUGCGGACUCACAGCGGGGAAAGGCCGUAG